UUUUUUUUGUAAUUAUUAUUCACUAUUAUUUAUAAUGAGACCUUAUACUAUUGGAUUAGUAGCUACUGGUAUUGUAGUUGUCUCUGGACUCAGUUACAUUGUAUAUUAUGAUUAUAAACGACGAAAUGAUCCUCAUUAUCGAAAACAACAAAAACGGGAAAGAAAGAGAGAAAUCAAAAAAGCAAACAAGAAUCAAAAAGAGGAAGCAUUCGCGACUAUUCAAAAGGUAUUAGACCAAGUAGCUCAAGACGAAUUCCCUACCUUAGCAGAAGAAAAAGAAGUAUACUUUAUGAACCAGAUAUCUUUGGGUGAAUCUCUGGCUGCAAAAGGUGAAGCAUAUUAUCAUGAAAGUGUCCUUCCCUUCUAUCGUGCUCUAAAGGUGUACCCAAAACCGCUAGAUUUGAUCAUGAUCUAUCAGAAGACUGUACCGGAUGCCAUAUUUCAAAUCAUCAUUAGUAUCAUGAGCCUUGAACAAAAGAAGAUUCAAAAUGGAUUCUAUGAUCAAUUCCCACCUAAAAAUACUCAUGUCAAGUUGAUGGAAUUACCUUCUAUCGAUAAAAUGGAUGACCCGAAGAGACAAACUCUACGACGUGGAUUAGUUGCUGACAAGAAUAUAAAAGCCGGUGAUGUCAUUUAUACUGAACAACCUUUUAUCUCUACCCUUUAUCCUUCAUUAGAGGGUGAAUAUUGUCAUUACUGCUUGAAACGAAUGGAUGGAAAGGACAGAUCGAUCAGCUGCAGCAAUUGUACCAACACUGUUUUUUGUAGCAUUGAAUGUGAACGACAAGGAUUGACAAAAUUUCAUCAAUUUAUGUGUACUAACAACAAGUAUAGCUCAAGCACCAAAGAAGCCGCCUUUGAUGAUUAUUGUUCCAAAUACGAACUCAAAUAUCCCCAAAUGAUUACUCGUUUCUUGUCAAGCAUGGUGGCAGAAGAAAUGGAAGCCAAACAACCUGAUCAACAACGGCAACAUUAUUCAUCUUGGGAUCACAUGGAACGAAUGCGUUAUCUAGAAGCAGUCCCUACAGAAAACACACAACUUGAAAUCUCACUAAUCAAGGAUGUUUUAACAAACAAAGUACCCGGUAUUGGCCAAUUCUUGACGGAUGAUAUUUACCUGAUGUUGAAGGGCAAAUUGAUCUACAAUGCUUAUCCUAUCCCAGAUCCUUCCAUUGAAGUUCAUCAUGACGAUGAUCAGAUGGCUUUGGAUGAAAAAUAUCGGAUACUUCCUUCCUUGAAGAAUCAAAAGAUAGUCGGUACCGCACUUUACAAGAUCUCAACAUAUAUUGGACAAUCUGCAACACAACCAAAUGUCAAACUCGUUUUCAUGGACAAUAGUAACCAUCUCACCGUGGUCGCACUUCAAGAUAUAGACAAGGAUCAAGAGUUGACGGCUGAAUACAUUUUACCCAAUUAGACUAGAUAUGUUUUUAUAUUAUUAUAUUUUUCACUCUUGGAAACAAUAAAAAUUAAAAAAAAAAAAA